UAUCAUUUUGACACCACGCAACUUACGUGUCCUAGAAAAUAAGUGUUUGAUGUUUGUUUGCCGUAAACCACAGAAGUAAACACGCUGGCUGUAGAAAACAAACAUGAGCAACAAUGAGAAGAAACGCAUUCCCGACGCGCCGGUGCCUGCGGCGGCCCCGGGGAACUUGCUGUCAAGUGUAGCGCCUCCUUCACAGCUCCCCAACUUUGUGACUACCAGUCCAGCUCCUGUGCCAGUUGCUGUGGUACCACAGCUACCUCCGCAGUUGGUAGCUACUUUAGCCCCUGCUCCCCCUGCUUCGGUUCCAAUAGGCCCUUCACCGGUGCCUAUUCCUCCCACAUCAGUGCCUAUUGCUCCUGCACCAGUUCCUGCUGUACCGGCUAUGCAGCCUGAUUCACCUGAGAGAUUCUGCCCUGCAAUCCCACCAAGUAAAGGAGAACCUAUGCUGUCAAUAAGGUCUCCAGAGGAUUCCCAAACUACACAGUCACCUGAUUCCUUGCCAGAUUCAAUGUCUGAUGUUGAUAAAAUUGGCGACAUAAUGCCCGGCAGUGGCCUAUUUACUUGGGUAAAGGGAGCGGUAUCGUCUGGCGGGAUCCUACAGCGAGUGGCUGAGAAGGCCAAGAACUCUGUCGACUCUAUGAUCACCACACUCGACCCGCAGAUGAAGGAGUACCUCAAUAGCGGUGGCGACGUGAACAUGGUGGUAGCUUCGGACAAGGAUGUCAAAAUAUCACCAGUUCGUGAGGCAUUCCAAAUUGUUUUCGGCAAAGCAACUGUCACAGGUUACGAUGCCCAGAGCGACGUAACAGCAGCGCAACCAGUAGGCUACGCCGCAGCUUAUGCGGCCGCCAAGCAACGCAUCGCGCACAUCCGCUCAGCACACACCGAGGUGCACAACAAUAUACCCAUCGUUGCCGUCGAGAGCUUCUUGCAUGAAGCUGUCGCUGACAGAUGGUACGCGAUAGACCUGCUAGUCCUCUCCCAGCCUUCCCUGGGCAUCGAACUGCAACUACAAUCCCAGGGAUGCCCGGUACCCGCGGCGGCGGUCGCGGCGGCGCGCGCCAACACGCCCGAAGACUACGCACACGUACAGACAGGGUUUAGCGUCACCGUGCCCUCUGUCAUGGCCGACAGUUUGCAGGUCCCUCACACGCAGUGGCAUGAAGCUAGCACGGGUGUAAGCCGGCGUGAGCUUCUACUGUUAGCGGCGCGGUCGCUCGCGGGCUCCUAUAAGAAGCUACUGGCGGUGUCCGCCGCUGAAAUAUGAACGGUAUGGUUACUAGCGUAAGGUUCAAUUC